AUGAAUUGGCUCGGCCUCCUUGUCCUGCUCACCGUGGCCGGGCUGGUGCAGGGGACAUGGGACAACUGUGGAUGGACCUGUGGGCUUCGACCCAUGGUGUCUGACUCCAUACCUCAUGACUACGGCCUGACACGAAUUGUGGGUGGUACAGAUGCCAAGUCAGGGGCCUGGCCCUGGAUGGUCAGCAUCCAGCAUCCCUGGAUACCAGGCCUGGAGCAUUGGUGUGGAGGGUCUCUCAUCGCUGCAGACUGGGUUCUCACAGCAGCCCACUGCUUCGACAAGAUUGAGAAAAUCAGCAUCCUGAAUGUGGUGAUUGGAGCCACCCAGUUGAGUCAGCCUGGACCUGGUGCACAAGUGCGCCAAAUUAAGAAGCUACUUCGACACAAAAACUAUAAGAGAAGUGAUAUAACUAAUGACAUAGCUUUGCUGGAACUGAAUGACCCUGUCGAGUGCAGUCCCUACAUCCAGCUAGCCUGUGUAGCUGACCCCACUGUAAGAGUCUCAGAGCUGCAAAACUGCUGGAUUGCUGGAUGGGGUACAACCACAGAAGGAGAUGAAGAUGUAAGUGACCACCUCCAGGAAGCCAAGGUCCAGCUCAUUGAUGUCCAGCUCUGCAACAGCAGUGACUGGUAUGCAGGGAAAAUCCACCCCUACAACUUGUGUGCUGGUUACCUGGAGGGCAACAUCGACACCUGCCAGGGUGACAGUGGUGGUCCUCUCAUGUGCCAGGACAAGAAUGCUGACUCCUGGUGGGUUGUUGGAGUGACCAGCUGGGGAAGAGGCUGUGCCAGAGCAAAGCAGCCUGGAGUCUACACCUCCACUCAGCACUUCUACGACUGGAUUCUGGCUCAGAUGGGACUGAAUCCAUUUAGAACUGCUUCCUGA